CAUCAGAUACGCCCUCUCUGCUGAUCAAAAACAUUUGUGUCCAGACGAUAGCGGUCCGGAGAGCCCGAUAACACUGAGUUUUUUUAUUUAUUAAGUCUUAUUCAUUAGCCGAUAAAGGUUUUUCGAAUAUGGUCUGUGGCGGGUUCACCUGUUCCAAAAAUGCACUUUGUUCCCUGAAUGUGGUUUACAUGCUGGUCGGGCUGCUGCUGAUUGGAGUAGCAGCAUGGGGGAAGGGCUUUGGCCUGGUGUCGAGCAUCCACAUCAUCGGAGGGGUCAUCGCAGUGGGCGUCUUCCUGCUGCUCAUUGCUAUCGUCGGACUCGUCGGGGCAAUACACCAUCACCAAGUCAUGCUUUUCUUUUACAUGGUCAUUCUCUUUAUCGUCUUCCUGUUCCAAUUUGGAGUUUCCUGUUCCUGCUUGGCGAUGAACGGCGGGCAGCAGGAGGCCCUUCUGAACUCGGCUUGGGGAAUGUUGAACAACAAGACCAAGAUGGACCUGGAGAGCCAGCUGAACUGCUGCGGGCUGCUCAACACCCCCGAAAGUCGGGCCCAGUUUGAACAGGAUGUGGCUCACUGUACCGCUUUAUGCAAAAGUGAAAGCUGUCACACCUGCGGGGAUUUGAUGCUGACUCAUGCAACCGUGGCUCUGAAGAUCCUCGGGGGCGUCGGGCUCUUCUUCAGCUUCACAGAGAUCCUGGGAGUGUGGCUCGCUGUGCGCUACAGGAACCAGAAGGAUCCCCGGGCAAACCCAAGUGCCUUCCUAUAGUCUGUCCCGCGAACGCAGCGCCCCCCAGAGGCUGUUUUCAGACAACACUGGUACACAUAGAAUCAUGCACAUCUAGAGGCAGACACUCCCGACGUACAACACAACACCGCACCAACCACAACAGCACAGAAUGGACAAGAGCGCUCGCAGCACCUGGCAAACACUGAGAAACAAAACCCACACACACACACACACACACACACACACACACACACACACACACACACACAGACACACACACCUUCACCUGAGACUGAGAAAACUACAACAACCUGUCCAGAAAUAUUGCCAGAGCUCCAGCUGGAAGACCUGGAUACUUAUGUAUGAAAGGAUAACUUGAAAAUACCAAGAAGGGUGACUUGUUGGUAUGGUGACCCAGCCUUGAUUUGAGUACCAGAUUUCUUGCUAGUUAAGGGAUGAGAGAUCUCCGCAUGUGUCCUGCACAGACAAAAAAAAACGCCUCUUUUGUUGAUUUCUUGUACACACGCCAACCAAAUGACUGUGCCCUGUCUGACAAAAUAACGUGUAUGCACCUUGAGUUUUUUUUUUUU